CACGCCCACUCAAUAUCUAACAGGCACAGGUAGGACCAGAGUACUUAAGUGUCUGUGUUUGAGCAGGUGAUUCAGUCACAGAGGAGCGACUCCAGAACACACUGCUGCUCUCUGUCCACCCUCUGUUCAAGAUGGCUCACGACUACUUUGGAUUUUCCCUCGUACGGAGCAAUGCACGGAUGAAUAAUGGCACUGUUGCCUUGGCUAAUCCAGCAGAUAUUUCUGUCAUUGUGAUUUAUUUCCUGGUUGUCCUGGCUGUUGGAGUAUGGGCUAUGGUUCGCACCAACAGAUCCACCGUCGGGGGUUUCUUCCUGGCGGGGAGGAGUAUGGUGUGGUGGCCGAUUGGAGCAUCACUUUUUGCCAGUAACAUUGGUAGUGGUCACUUCGUGGGAAUUGCUGGAACUGCUGCAGCUGCAGGAAUAGCCAUCGGUGGAUUUGAAUGGAAUGCUCUGAUUGUGGUUGUAAUUCUGGGAUGGCUCUUCGUGCCCAUCUACAUUAAAGCAGGGGUGGUCACCAUGCCUGAGUACCUUAAGAAGAGGUUCGGAGGACAGAGGAUUCGCAUCUAUCUCUCCGUGCUGUCCCUUUUCCUGUAUGUUUUCACUAAGAUCUCAGCAGACAUGUUCUCUGGUGCCAUUUUUAUCAACCAGGCUCUGGGUCUGAACAUCUACCUGGCCGUCGUGAUGCUUCUCCUGAUUACUGCUCUGUACACAGUCACAGGUGGACUGGCUGCGGUGAUCUACACAGACACCCUGCAGACUAUCAUCAUGGUCGUGGGAUCAUUCAUCCUUAUGGGCUUUGCUUUCAAUGAGGUGGGAGGAUAUGAAAACUUUCAGAGGAGAUACAUGGAGGCCAUUCCAAAGAUCAGGACUAACAUCAGUGAAGAGUGCUAUGAGCCUCGAGCCGACUCCUUCCAUAUUUUUAGAGAUGCAGUCACAGGAGACCUGCCUUGGCCCGGUCUGGUGUUCGGACUUACAAUCCAGGCGACCUGGUACUGGUGCACUGAUCAGGUGAUUGUCCAACGUUGCCUCUCGGCCAAAAAUCUGUCUCACGUCAAAGGGGGCUGCAUCCUAUGCGGCUACCUGAAGCUGCUGCCAAUGUUCCUCAUGGUUUUUCCUGGGAUGAUCAGCAGGAUUCUCUACACAGACGUGGUUGCCUGUGUAGAUCCAGACGAAUGUUUGAAACACUGUGGAGCCAGUGUGGGCUGCACCAACAUCGCCUACCCUAAACUGGUGGUUGACCUAAUGCCCAAUGGUCUAAGGGGUCUCAUGUUGUCUGUGAUGCUGGCGUCCCUGAUGAGCUCCCUGACCUCCAUCUUCAACAGCGCCAGCACACUCUUCACUAUGGACAUCUACACUAAAGUGCGCCGCUCUGCCAGUGAAAAGGAACUAAUGAUUGCUGGAAGAGUAUUUAUCUUGGUCCUGAUUGGUGUGAGUAUAGCAUGGAUCCCCGUGGUGCAGUCCGCCCAGAGCGGUCAGCUCUUUGACUACAUCCAGUCCAUCACCAGCUACCUGACUCCUCCAAUCGCAGCUGUGUUCAUGCUAGGAAUGUUCUGCAAGCGUGUCAACGAGUCUGGCGCCUUCUACGGCCUGCUGAUUGGUCUGUUAAUUGGCCUCUCCAGGAUGAUCACUGAGUUUGUCUAUGGGACAGGCAGCUGCGUCAAUCCCAGUAGCUGUCCCACCAUCAUAUGUGGAGUCCACUACCUCUACUUCAGCAUUCUCCUCUUUGUGGUUUCCUGCAUCAUCAUACUGGGAAUCUCCCUCAUGACCAAGCCCAUUGAUGACAAGCAUUUGUAUCGACUCUGCUGGAGCCUGAGGAACAGCACAGAGGAGAGGGUGGACCUAGAACAGGACGACUGGGUCGAUGACACUGACUCUUCUUUGGACUUUGAAGAACCAGCUGAGGAGCCCGGCUUUUGUAAGAAAGCUUUGAUGUGCUUCUGCGGCCUGGAGCAGAAGAAGGGUCCCAAGCUGAGUGCAGAGGAGAAGGCAGAGCUGGAGAAGAAGCUGACGGACACCACAGAGGAGCCGCUGUGGAGGAACAUCGUCAACGCCAACGCCCUUAUCCUCCUGUGUGUGGCCGUUUUCUGCCAUGGUUUCUUUGGUUAAAGGACUGCGAUCGAGACAGGACCAAUGCAGGACAUUAACGUAUGACCCGAUGAAGCACACCAUAGUCAUAUAAAUGCACGACGUCCAGGAUAAAAUGAUCAAAACGCUUUUACAUUGGCAGCAGUGACAAAGACAUUUUAACCCUGGUGAGCCUAAUGCACAUUGACUUUAAUUUAUAGGCAAGAAAAUUGAAAAAUUGAUGUGACCCUGGCAGACUUUUGUCCGUCUAUUUUCAUCACGUUCAGUAAAAUAAUUUCAAAAGAAAAUCUGUCUAUUUAAAGGACAUGUUGUUUUCAGAUUAUUACUUUAUUUUCUACCUCAGUCAACGUAAGCACUGCCUUCCCAUGUGCUCAAAGUCCAGGAGGUCUGCCCACUUUCACAUCGUUCAACCUUAAUCUUUGUUGUUUUAGGUGUUAAUGAAUAAAAAUCACGCGGGAGAAAAAAAAGA